GUGCUUUUGACAGCUGUGUGUACGAGUUGUGCAGUGCUAUUACGUACAGUGUUUUUCACGAUUUUCUCUCUAUUAGAAAAUUAUUGACUAAACAACGACCCCAUUUAGUGUCAAAACUCUUCAAUUAAAACCACUCACUUUAUUACCAACCUCUUUAAAGUGUACUUUUCUGUGAUUGUUUGAACAAAAAAGUUGAAAUAUUUUACAAAAACGUCGCUGGAAUUCAUAUGCGAAAUGUUGCUGCGUGAGUGAUGUGAGCGCGUGACGUCACAAGAUGGCGGUGGGCGAGGCGCGCGUGCCGCUGCUGCACGGCGAGCGACCCCCGCAGCCGCACAGGGGCGACACCCGGGCGCCUCCUCACGACCGAUACGAUGCAGAUUCUCCAGGCCACAAGGCGCCCCUCGACCACUCGUCGCUCGGCGGUGGCGUGACCGUGGUGACGUCACUGAUAGCCGGGGCCACCGCCGGCGCCAUCGCCAAGACUGCUAUAGCGCCUCUAGACAGGACCAAGAUUAACUUCCAGAUUUCCCAAACCCCAUACUCGUGGCGAGCUGCAAUCAACUUCCUGAUCAAGAGCGCCCGCACCGAGGGCUUCCUGGCGCUAUGGCGCGGCAACAGCGCCACCAUGGCUCGCAUCAUACCGUACGCCGCCAUCCAGUUCACCGCGCACGAGCAGUGGAAGAAACUCCUCAAGGUCGACACUCCGCAAAGCGCCAAAGCACACCCCAUCCUGCACCUGGUGGCGGGUUCCCUCGCCGGCGUGACGUCACAGUCCGCCACUUACCCGCUCGACGUGGCCCGCGCCCGCAUGGCCGUCACCAACACACGCGAGUACAGCUCGCUGAGAUGUGUGUUUGUGACAGUGGCGAGGGUUGAGGGCUUGAGGACGCUGUAUAGAGGUUACUCAGCGACCGUGCUGGGUGUGAUACCUUAUGCCGGCGUCUCCUUCUACACGUACGACACACUCAAACACAAGUACCAAGAAUACUUCGGCAAGCCGCAAGGCGCGGUGGUGAACGUGUGCCUCGGCGGCACCGCCGGCGCCAUCGCGCAGACCGCCUCCUACCCGCUCGACAUCGUGCGGCGCCGCAUGCAGACCGCGCGGCGCCGCCCCGACGGCACAUACCCGUACGGCAGCAUCGCUGAUACACUCGUCAUGGUGUAUAAAUCAGAAGGUUGGCGCGGCUUCUUCAAGGGCCUCAGCAUGAACUGGGUGAAGGGACCGAUAGCUGUCGGUAUAUCUUUCGCUACCUACGACGCCAUUAAAAGCACCCUCAGAGAUAUAGCCGUACAUUUCAACAGCUAGUCUAUAGCAAAAAUAUCAAAUAAACACACCUAGUGACAGGUAAAAGAAGUUGAUUCUAAAUAGAUGGAGAAGAAAUGCUGUAUCUGCUAAAGAGCUUUGAGAUGGAGAAUAAUAGGCUAGAACAUUAAAAAGGCUUUAUUAAAUACUCAAAAAAACUUCUCUUAUGAUGGGGUCAAAUAGGUUGGUUCAAAAUAGAUUUGGGAUGGAGAAGAAUGGGCAAGAAAUAUUUAAAGGCUAUAUUAGAUGCUCAAACCACGUUCGAGUUGAUGUCUUCUGGUAAAGGCAUAGCGACUUUAAGAGAAGUUUUAUGGAGAAGAAUGGCAUGUUGCAAUACCGUGGAGACGAAUGGGCUAGUCUAUAUAAAAAGUUAACUCUGUAUUAACAAAGCAAGUGAACGCUUGUAGAUUGUUGACUGUUUUUUUGGAAGUCGGUUAAAAUGUAAUGAAAGAUUAAUCACGAAGUUCUUCCAGUUUUUUGACACUCAUUUUUGACACGUAGAAAUGUUGUAAAAUAGAUUUUUUUGGCGAAAUAAAAUAAUACAUGUGGUUUCACAGACUUUUUAAAUAAUGUCAAUUCAAUGUGUUAGCUUUCGAUGUUAGAUUUGACUGAAAUAACGACAAUAAUAUUCUAACGAUUGAUAUUAUAGAAAUAUCUUUACUUCUAAGUCAGAAAAGUCAGACCAUGUCAGAAACUAACCUUCUAACAUUUGAACACAUUUUUAGGCUAUAAAAAUCAUGUUAGACGUUUAAGUUGACAUGUCAGAAAAGUCUGAUAGUUCUGACGUCAGAAUCAUUAAAAAAAUCGCACCAUGUAAUAUAGCAAAUUUUUUAUUGUCACUGUUUAUGUGAAUCGCAUGUCAUGCGCGAGGAAUCGUCAAAUGUCGAUCGGUUGCAUCUUACGUUCAAACAAUAUAAUAUCUGACUUCAGAGCGGCAAUAUAUUUGACGACGAUUGUACUUUUCAUUUUUUUCUUUGCAAGAUGCAAUGAAUCGUCCAUUGACGAUUGCUUACUCAAGACGUGCAGUCUACAUGAAUAUUGCUAAGUGUACUUUAACGCACACAUAGAUAUUAUUAUCUUAAGUUUAGAUUUUAGAUUGGUUCGUUCACCUUAAUAUAAUCAGUGGUACUCAAACAUUUUAUAUGUCAUAAGUUAUCUCUCUAACUACUGCACCGAUUUCAGUAAUUCUUUCACUUACAUAUAGCUUAUUAGGUUUAUUAAGUGAAGUUUUGUCUGCUUUAAACACAAGCGAAGCCGUGGGCAGAGGGUAGUCUAAAUGGUGUAUGGAGUUAGAAAUACUUCAGUGUUUUAGAGCAUUUUUUUACUUUGUUUAUAGGUCCUAAAUGAAUUGUUUUUAGUAGUAGAUGGUAAUAGUACUUUUUUCUUUCUUUACAUACUUAAAAUUGGUAUGCGGGCGCUCGCUCGCACUCACAGUCAUACAAACACGAUGUGCACGUACAUUUACACACACAAGUAAUGUUCACCCGCUUUCCUAAGAUAAAACAUCUGAAAUUGAACCUGUUUUCUUUGUAAGUUCGAGCACCACUGACUAUAUCUAAGAAUUAACUCACUGUGUAUAGAUUGUGUAUAUGAAUUGUUAUGUUUGUGAAUAUUCUGAAAAUAAUAUAAAAUACAGUGCAAUAAAACUAUUUAAAUUGUCAAUAUUUCAAUGACAUUGCAAAGCCGUUUUUAACUAAAGAUAAAGAACCUUUUAUUUAAGAACUCAGUAUCAAAAUAAAAUAUUUUUUUAAUUUAAUGACUCAUUAAAAAUAUUGUCAAUUUGAAGUAGUUUAAGGCCCAUAUUUCAAUCUAGUGGGUAAGUUUUUAAACAACCAAUAGAAUUCUCCGCUUAUGGAUACUUACUGGCUUGUUGUAAUAACGAAAUUCUACUGGUUGUUUAAAACUUCUCCACUUUGGAGAAGUCUGGGUCUUAUAUUAAUUAUCCAUUAAGUUUUUAUCAUAUGGUUUUUGUUUAUACACAUUCUAUAUAUCUGCCUAAGUUAUGUAUUUUUAAAAUGCACAUGAAUAUCUCAACGUUUUUUAAAUAAAAAUAUCUUCAAAAACGUAAAUCAGGAGUAAAUAUUAAAUUGUUAGAAAAAUGAAUGAAAAUAUGUUUCGUGUGUUCAAAAAUUUUUUGAGAUUCUACUUUAUGAGAUUAUGUAAAAAAUGGAGUUUAAUAUAGUUAUUAUAUUUUUUUUGGUAUCAAAUUAAAAAAAUACGUUAUAAAAUUCAAAUAAUAAAAAAAUAUUAUAUUUUUUAAUUUAUAUAAUAUUAUUUAUCUGGCGUCAAAUUUUAUGCAAUUUAGAAAUAAUUUUUGGUCAGUUCUUGUGCAAUAUCGCUAAAAAUUACAUUUGUAUGUUUGCGGAACCCUAAUUUUUGUAUUUCUAGUCCUUCAGCUAUAUGCAAAUCGAGUUAGACUCAAUUAUUUACUAUUUUUGUUUAUUUGUAUAGUUUUAUGUUUAAGGAAAGUAUUAAUUUUAUUAUUGUUUGCUGACAACUGAGAUAUGCAAUAUAUGAAAACCUAUUGAUACUCCCUUUGAGUAGGCACUUAAUUUUAGGUAAACCAUCUUGACAGGACGUCACACAAAUACAUAUUCAACAAGUAAACUACGGCUUCAAUUCAUUAAAUUAUUAUAUUUACAUGGAUUUUUAACUUAAAAAAAUCAUAUCAAGAUUGUUUACCAUCUCAGUUGUCAGUCGGUUCAGCUGCUACUACAUAUAGUGACUGCUAAAUAAAUGUAUAGAAAUGUGGAAUAAAUGUUUAUUAUAUACCUAAA